AUGAAAAAUCUCAAAAUCUUCCUAAUUGUUUGUAGCUUUUGUAUGUUUGGUUAUGUAUCCAGCGCUGGAAUCAGGAUCGUGAACGAACUCAAAAAUAAGAAAACUCUUUGGAUAAGAUGCUAUUCCAAAGACGACGUAUUAGGUCCAACAAUAAUACCAAACGGAGGACAUUUUACAGAUUAUUUCUUUCAUAAUCUGUUUGGCACGACACGUUUCAUGUGUACCUUAAAACAAGGACCUGGAUUUAGACACAACCAGAGUUUUAGAGCAUUUAAAAAAUCUGGCUUAUGGGAUUGGAGAGCAAGAGAUGAUGGAAUCUAUUUAAGAAGAAUAUAUAAGUCGAGAUUUGAUGAUGGUGUAGAGAAUUUACGUAAAGAACAAGAUUGGAUAUAUUAAAACAUUAACAAGCUUGGAUUACUCUUCCUUAAGACAUCAUAUAUUAUAUAAAAGAAAGUUUCAU